AGGCCCUGUCUAGAAGUCUUGGAGAAAUGCUUCUGAGUAGUCAAUCCAGACCCAGAUGAGAGCCAGAGUUUGAGCUCAUACUUGAAUAAGAGUGGCCUCUGGUGCCCCCCACCCUUUUAAACACUUUCAGCAGCUAGGAAAAGAGGGUGCUUGAUAAGAGUUCAGGGGCUCCUGCCCUGUCAAAUGUGUGAGAGUAGAUUAUUUUUAUCACCAUAUGCUGGUAUUUUUCUACUGUCAGGUCUUAAGGCCUAGUAGUAUUGGACAUACCUGGUACAUGUCAGUUUUGUCUAUCUUAAUCAUUCCACAGAUCUGUUCAUUUGGAUUAAACUCUUCGCAGGAGACAGCCAUGCAUAAAGAGGAAUUUCAUCUGAAAUUUUUCAUGUGUAUGAUUCAAUCUCGCCGGUUAGUCAGGAAUCCUCAGAGCACAGCUGGGGAAGUUUCAACCUCCAGCAUGCUCAUACAAAAGCUACCACCAAAGACAGACAUCUUGAAGAGUCUAGACACUGUGGAUGAUCCAGCGACCGUGGAAGGCAUACCUGUUUUCAAAAAUGAGUGGAUCAUGACCCAUGAAGAGCACCAUGCAGCCAAAACUCUGGGGAUCGGCAAAGCCAUUGCCGUGUUAACCUCUGGUGGAGAUGCCCAAGGUAUGAAUGCUGCUGUCAGGGCUGUGGUUCGAGUUGGUAUCUUUACCGGUGCCCGUGUCUUCUUUGUCCAUGAGGGUUAUCAAGGCCUGGUGGAUGGUGGAGAGCACAUCAGGGAAGCCACCUGGGAGAGUGUUUCAAUGAUGCUUCAGCUGGGAGGCACAGUGAUUGGAAGUGCCCGAUGCAAAGACUUUCGGGAGCGAGAGGGACGACUCCGAGCUGCCCACAACCUGGUGAAGCUUGGGAUCACCAACCUGUGUGUCAUUGGGGGUGAUGGCAGCCUCACUGGGGCUGACACUUUCCGUUCUGAGUGGAGCGACUUGUUGAGUGAUCUCCAGAAAACAGGUAAGAUCACAGAAGAGGAGGCUAAGAAGUCCAGCUACCUGAACAUCGUGGGUCUUGUUGGCUCUAUUGACAAUGACUUCUGUGGCACUGACAUGACCAUUGGCACUGACUCUGCCCUGCACCGGAUCAUGGAGAUCGUAGAUGCCAUCACUACCACUGCUCAGAGCCACCAGCGGACGUUUGUGUUAGAAGUGAUGGGCCGGCACUGUGGAUACCUGGCCCUUGUCACCUCUCUCUCGUGUGGAGCCGACUGGGUUUUUAUUCCUGAAUGUCCACCGGAUGAUGACUGGGAAGAACACCUUUGCCGCCGUCUCAGCGAGACAAGGACCCGUGGUUCUCGUCUUAACAUCAUCAUUGUGGCUGAGGGUGCGAUUGACAGGAAUGGGCAACCAAUCACCUCAGAAAACAUCAAGAAUCUAGUGGUAAAGCGUCUGGGAUAUGACACCCGGGUGACUGUUUUGGGGCACGUGCAGCGGGGUGGGACACCAUCGGCCUUCGACCGGAUCCUGGGCAGCCGGAUGGGUGUGGAAGCAGUGAUGGCUCUUUUAGAGGGGACUCCAGACACCCCAGCCUGUGUGGUGAGCCUCUCUGGUAACCAGGCCGUGCGCCUGCCCCUCAUGGAGUGUGUCCAGAUGACCAAGGACGUGACCAGGGCCAUGAAUGAGAAGAAAUUUGAUGAAGCCUUAAAGCUGAGAGGCCGGAGCUUCAUGAACAACUGGGAGGUAUACAAGCUUCUGGCUCACAUCAGGCCUCCCAUGUCUAAGGCUUUUUCACACACCAUUGCAGUGAUGAACGUGGGGGCCCCGGCUGCGGGCAUGAAUGCCGCUGUCCGCUCCACUGUGAGAAUUGGCCUCAUCCAGGGCAACCGUGUGCUGGUCGUGCAUGAUGGCUUUGAGGGCCUGGCCAAGGGUCAGAUUGAGGAAGCUGGCUGGAGCUAUGUUGGGGGCUGGACUGGGCAAGGUGGUUCUAAACUUGGGACCAAAAGGACUCUACCCAAGAAGAGCUUCGAAAAGAUCAGUGCCAACAUAACAAAGUUUAACAUUCAUGGCCUAGUCAUCAUCGGGGGCUUUGAGGCUUACACUGGGGGCCUGGAGCUGAUGGAGGGCAGGAAGCAGUAUGACGAGCUCUGCAUCCCGUUUGUGGUCAUUCCUGCUACAGUCUCUAACAACGUCCCUGGCUCAGACUUCACUGUUGGGGCCGACACAGCACUCAAUACUAUUUGCAUGACCUGUGAUCGCAUUAAGCAGUCAGCAGCAGGCACCAAGCGGCGGGUGUUUAUCAUUGAGACGAUGGGUGGCUACUGUGGCUACCUCGCCACCAUGGCAGGAUUGGCAGCUGGGGCCGAUGCAGCCUACAUUUUUGAGGAUCCCUUCACCAUUCGAGACCUGCAGGCCAAUGUUGAGCAUCUGGUGCAAAAGAUGAAAACAACUGUGAAAAGGGGCCUGGUGUUAAGGAAUGAGAAGUGCAAUGAGAACUAUACCACUGACUUCAUCUUCAACCUGUACUCUGAAGAGGGAAAGGGCAUCUUCGAUAGCAGGAAGAAUGUGCUUGGCCACAUGCAGCAGGGUGGGAGCCCAACUCCGUUUGACAGGAAUUUUGCCACUAAGAUGGGAGCCAAGGCUAUGAACUGGAUUUCUGGGAAAAUCAAAGAGAGUUAUCGUAAUGGGCGGGUCUUUGCCAACAGUCCAGACUCAGGCUGUGUUCUGGGAAUGCGUAAGAGGGCCCUGGUCUUUCAACCAGUGACUGAGCUGCAGGACCAAACGGAUUUUGAGCAUCGCAUCCCCAAGGAACAGUGGUGGCUGAAGCUGAGGCCCAUCCUGAAAAUCUUAGCCAAGUAUGAGAUUGACUUGGACACCUCAGAUCACGCCCACCUGGAGCAUAUCAGUCAAAAGCGGUCUGGGGAAACACCCGUCUAAACCUCUUUGAAGUGAAGGGAGUGGAUUAUCUGAUCAUGGUCAGCGCACCCCUUGGUAGCUCCAAGUCCACAUAUUCUCCGUGAAUGUAGCUCAUUUUUUAUUAAGUUUCCUUUCAUUCUGUAACUUCAGCCAUGAUCAGCUCUGGCCAGGAGCAGGGGCAGUGGGUGGUGAGUGGAAGUUCCCUUUAGGUAGAAUUUCUCAUGACUUCUACCCCAACUUCAAGUGUCAUGUAAGACUGAGCUCUGGUGUCACUGCGAGAUUUCAGUUACUCACAAGUUUCCUAAAAAUAAGCUUUAUUUAUUUCUUUGUUUGUGAUAAUAAAGAGUCUUGGUUCCUUACUACUUUUACUACAGUGACAAGCUGUAGCUACACUAAUAAAUGCCAACUCGUUAACUGUG